AUGACAGCCUCAGCACUGAACAUCCCACUGUCCAUGGUGGUUUUCGUGAUCGGUGCCAUCAUUAUAGGAGCACAGGGUGCCCCAAGAAAGGAGCACCACAGCGGUUAUCACAAAGGCCAGGAACCUCCGUUAUACCGCCUGAUACUGGACCAUCAGCCCAAGGCUCCAUCCAUCCCCAUUCGCUCCAUCAACAACGACUCCAUCUCUCCAUGGGAGUACUUAUACACUCAUGAUGACAGCCUAAUUCCUUCACACAUCGCUGAGGCCAAGUGUCUGCUCAGUGGAUGUUUAAACAUGAGUGGAGUGGAGACCCGAGAUAUGGAAUCCAGACCCAUCUUCAAGCAGAUUUUGGUUCUCAGGAAGGUGCGCGGAGACCAGAACAACUAUUACUUCCAACUGGAGUAUAAAACCAUAUCAGUCGGAUGCACUUGUGUUCGACCAUACGUUGAGCAGGUCUGA